AUGCGCUUCUCCAUCACCGCCCUUUUCGCUUUUGCGACCGCCGUCAUGGCUCAAACCGAAGGUUUCAACGUCAUUACCAAGCCCGUAAAGGGCGAGAAGGUCCCUGCCGGAUCGACGUAUGAGAUCGUGUGGCAGCCCAGUGCCGCCCACCCCGGUGAGAUCACGAUCGGCCUGCUUGGUGGAGCCUCUCCCCAGACUCUAUCUGUCGUUGACACCAUCGCGAAGGGUGUCGAUGGCGAGGAUGGCACCUACAGCUGGAGCGUGCCCUCCACCCUGGGCGACCUCGCGACGUACGGCAUCAUGAUCACCCUGGAGUCCGACGCCAGCGUCUUCCAGUACGGCUUCCCCUUCCAGAUCGUCCCCGACGAGAGCGGCAGCGAGAGCUCGGCUGAGCCCACUGCCACUGCCACCCCUACCGCCACCGACGACGACUCCGAGACCACGACGACCACCACCAAGGCCUCGACCAAGACUGCCAACACCAAGUCCGUCACCAGCACCACCACCGUGGCGGUUCCCUCGUCCACCAUCGUCUCGUCCACCGUCCAUGGCAACCUGUCCACCACGGCCAGCCCCUCGUCCACCAUUACCACCAGCGUCAUCUCGGAGAGCCCCAGCCAGACCGAGACCUCCACCUCGAGCAUUGCCACCAACGGCGUUGCCUCGCUCGCUGCUGGCUCUUUUGCCAUGCUUAGUGGUGUCGCCAUGGCCGUCCUUGCUCUCUAA